AUGAGUCCUAGGGUGUAUCAACUCGUCUCAGCUGAGCCUUCUAUCAUGGCCACCAAGCAAAGUACCUUUUUGCGAGGCUUUAUCAACUUGCCAGGUUUUGAAUUUGGAGCCCAAGCCGAUGGCUCAUACUUGUCUAGCACUAAUCCACCCCAGCCACCCCCGGAGAGUCAAAUCAAUCAUUUCCUUGGCCAGAAUGUCAAUUUCUUCCGAGUACCCGUCGCCUGGGAGUACCUUCAACCCGAAAUGAAUGGCAAGUUGAACGAAGCUAACCUGAAAACGUACAAAACAUUUAUCGAAAAGAUUACAUCACGCAAGGCGUAUGUUGCCAUCGACCUCCAUACCUUUGCACGCUACAAAGGCCAGAUCGUCGGCGAGUCUCCCUCCACUCCAGCCGAAGCUCUAGUCAGUAUCUGGACUCUGUUAGGGCAAGUUUUCAAGGACAACCAACUUGUCAUUUUCGGCAUCAGCAACGAACCUCAUGACCUUGACAUCACGAAAUGGGCCACCACUGUACAGGCGGUCGUGAGCGGAUUAAGGGGAAAAAAUAUCAAAAAUGUUAUCCUGAUACCUGGUACGGAUUACACCUCUAUGAAGACCUUCCCGCAGUGGUACAAAGCCAUGAAGGUUGUCAAAAACCCGGACGGAUCCUUCGAUGGACUUCUUUUCGAGGUGCACCGAUACCUCGACGGUGACAACUCUGGAACAAGUCCUGAAUGUGUAGCGAGCCAUACAGACGAAGUAGCUGCGGCUGUGGAGCUCCUCAAGGCUGAUAAAAGACAAGUGAUUUUGGGAGAGACUGGUGGUGGGAGUACUGAAAGCUGCAAGAAGUUCCUCCCAGAACUUGCCAAGGCAGUCGUCGAGGCUUACCCUGUCUUUGGGGGCUUUGCUUUGUGGGCCGCUGGAUCCUUCAAAGCGGACUACGGCUUAGUUACCACCGCGAAAGACGACUCAUCGCCUACCAAGUGGAAAGAUAUGGGCAAUUGGCUCUCGAUCACACAAUUUAUCCCCAAGGGUUCUGAAGAUGUUAGCAAGUCGGAAGAUCAAGGGAAGAGGGAUACCUGUAAGAACAAGGAAGAUUGUAGACAUCAAAUUAGGUUCUGA